AUUUCAUCAUAGCGCUUGAAGAAACUUUAAAAGUUCUUGAAAUGUUCCGUAUUGACUGACCUUCAUGUAUUAAAGUAAUUGUGGACUGUUGAUGGACCCUAUCUGGUCUAAAAUGUUAAUUAAAUGUAUGACACAAGAAUAUAUUAUAUAUAACAAGCCUACAUCUAUUUGCAACAAUUCAAGUAGUAUCAUACAGGUACAGUAAACGUAUAGGAUAUUUUCCGCUUGUCCUAAAUCAGCUUUUUAGAGCGCACUUUAUUCUGUUGCUGGUUGAACACUCAAGGGCAUCUGACGCUUUUUAGCACGUGACUUAAAAUAUUGAAAAGAAGCGGCAAGUGCAGUUUGAACAAGUGAAACUUUGUCUCGCAUACGCCCGGUCUCACUUGUACAUACCUUGGAUCUUGCUAUCUGAAAUAAAAUUCGAGGAGGACUUGUUUCGACGUUUUGUAUUUAACUAAUCUAUCAAUGCAUUGUUAUCGCAUCUGUGAUGUCUGACAGCGAUAUUUCUGGCAGCUUUCUACACAGCAAGAAUCAAAACAUGUUAUUACUUGAAAUAUGUGAGCUGCAGAGCUCUGGAGAUGAUGGUGAUGAAGACAGGAGGCUAAAAAGAAGGGAAAAUAACAGGGUGGCAGCGAAGAACAGCCGAAAAAAGCAGACACAAAGAGCAGAUGAGCUGCAUGAGGCAUAUGAGUGUCUGGAGCAGAAGAACAGACAGCUGAAGAAGGAUGUGCAGUUUCUGUCUGAGGAGCAGAGGCGUCUAACGGAGGCCCUCAAUGCCCAUGAGCCUCUCUGUCCCAUCAUGCACUGUGUUGCCAACCUGGGGUCAGGGACGUUGGGACCCAGGGAUGUAGGGGUCCCCUCCUGUCUGCCCAGAUAGCCAACAUACCAUGCACGGACCACAGAGACAAACCAACGUGGGAGACUUGUAAACAGAGUUAACAGGUCAGAUUAUAUGUCCUCAUCUGUCCUUUUUAUUCUCGGCAUCAAUUGUUUUUGUACAGUUUGAAUCAAGUUGUAAUUUAAUAAUUAUAGGCUUACGUAAUGAGCUUUGUUUCAGAUGUUCAAGUUGCUUUUCCUGUUUAAAUGUUUCGUAUAAUACAUUGAACAUAAAUUGCAUAUCCCUUUCCCAAUGAGACCAUUUCCCUUUGCUUCUGAUAAAUGUGGUUACCACACCUCUUAUCACGUGUGUUUUGGUUAACCAAACUGGUUUACCAGUACCUGGGCUUGACCAUGUGGGAACUUACUUAUACUUUACCAGAAAAAAAGGAACCAUUAAAAGGUUUUUGGUUUCUGGUUUCUUAGUCCCUAAUCUAAAACAUUUAAUACACUGGCUAUUACCAAUGGAUUCAUGCAAUUCAAUGCUUAAUUGAUCAAAUAAAAUAAUCAAAUCACUUAAUCUAACUAUAAUAUGUACAGUUGUAUUAUUAUUGUUUGUUAGCUCAUGUUAUGACAUUGUUAUAGAGUGUACCCUCUCUUCCCUAUAAUGUGGGUAAAUACUCACUAACCUCAUUAAGUCUUCGUCUCAUAACUUUUAAAAAUUAAAUAAAUUUGAAGCAAGCCAUUAUCAUUCACUAACUCAAUAAAAGAGGGAACAUUUUGGGAAUUCUUGUCCCCAUCAAUGAUCUACAGCAUGUAUGGUCUAUCUUGAUGACAUGACUGCAGGCUUCUCUAAAAUGUUAUUAUGAAUGGAUGGAUACAUUCACAGUAGUAAUUGGCAAGGCUCUACUAAAUGCAGGCUGACCACUGAGAAAUGUGAAAGACUCUUCAGCCACACAGACAGUUCAUUUCAUACCGAAGGAUUUAUAGACUUCUGCAUUCUGCAUUUGAGGGGGAUUGUGGUGAUUAUAAUAAAGCCUUUUGUGUGGAUCGCUUCUUCA